AUGGAUGCUGUACGGCCAACCUCGCCGCGGCGCGUGAAGGUAUACACGCUGGAAGAUGAUAAGUGGGUCGACCGGGGCACAGGGUACUGUUCAGGAAUGCUGGAGGGAGGCCCCCAUUUCCUUGUCCGAAACGAAAAUGACACCUCCCAAACGCUACUGAAGGCCACAAUCGAGGGCUCUACGCAAUACCAACGACAGCAAGACACGCUAAUUGUCUGGACAGACAGUCAAGGAAACGACUAUGCUCUUUCGUUCCAGGAGCCAGACGGCUGUCUGUCGCUAUGCGAAUUUCUCAUCAACAUCCAGCACACAAUUGAGCCCAACAUAUCGCUGGUGGCUGUGGUAUCGAACGGCCAGGACGGCGAAGUCACAGAGGUGAUUGCCGGCCCUGUGCCUGAGCCAUGUUUCCCCACCGACACGAACCUGGCCGAGCUUCUGGAGCUCUUGAAUCAGGGCGCAAAGUCCAACAAAUUUAAGGAGACUUUGCUGGAUUUCAUCAAAAACGACGGCUUUUUAACGAAACUCAUUGAAACGUUCCACAGAAACGAGCAGAACAAGAACCUGAUCAACCUCUACUAUUUGUGUGAUAUUGUCAAGACGUUGGUUUUCUACGGUGAGUCGGCCAUUAUGGAAACAUUUGUGGACGACGACGCGAUCGAUGGCAUUGUCGGAAUCCUCGAAUACGAUUCCGAGUUCCCCAACUACAAGACAAACAACCGACAGUACCUUGCUGAAAAGACUAGCUUCAAAGAGGUGAUCCCGAUUCAGAGCGACGAAAUCAAGGACCUCGUAAAACGAACUUUCCGGCUCUAUUUUCUCAAGGACGUGGUGCUGGCCAGACUGCUGGACGACGCGUCCUUCAACUGUAUUUCGACCAUGAUCCAUCUCAACGAAGACCAGAUUCUCAAAUUCAUUCGCUCGGAUCCCGAGUUCCUGCCCGCCUUAUUCAAGCUAUACGACGACACCAACGACCUCAGUGUGUCCAAGGCACGUGACGGAAUCAAGCUGAUCCACCAGUUCACUCUCAUUGCCAAGAAGUUCCAGCCCGUGCCGCAAUCCGAGUUCUACAAAGCCUUAAUCGACCAAGGUCUAGUGAGACUCAUACAGUUCGCAUUCAAAGACUCCGCCACAGAGAGCCGAAUACUGGCGACGGAGCUUAUUGUCACCAUAAUAGAGCACGACGUGCUUCUGUUCAACAAGAACGAGACCGAGAUCGACACCACUUUGAUCUCCAUCCUUAUCGAAGUCCUUUUACAGGAUCCCAACGUUGGACUGAAAACACAAGCAUUCGAGGCCAUCAAGGUUCUUCUGGACCCUGCAAACAUCGCGCAAUCGACCCUGCCCUUUAAUUCGACUCUCGGAAAUGCAGACGGCAACAUCGACACGAGCCUCGUGGAAUCUGGUUAUCUCCAAAGUUUUUAUAAGGGAGCUGCAGAGAAAUUGUUUUCACCACUUGAAAAGCGCAUCUCCAGCCCGUCAAGCAAAUCCACCACCAUCACAUACUCCAACCUGUGUGAGCUGCUCAACUUCGUGGCAAGAGAGCACGACAGAGCCUUGAGCAAGACGUUUAUUUUGGAGCACAAUUUGCUUCGUGGAAUAGGCAAUCUCCACCGCAAAUGCUACUCGUUGCAAUUACGGCUUAGUGCCCUGCGUUGUAUCAAAUCGAUCAUCAUGCUGGACGACGAGGACUAUGUUCGCUACCUUAUUGAGAACGACGUGCUUCAUGAGUUUAUGAGCAUGUUGCGAGAGACAGCUCGGCAGAAUAAUUUGGUUAAUUCUGCUUGUCUUAGUGUGCUCCAUCUUGUGCUACAGAACAAAGCCCUUAUGAACUUCAAGGCGUUGCGCAACUACUUGGUGGCUAAGUAUUCAGACACAUUGAGUCUCGACCCUAUUGGACUUGAAUUGAUUGCAUCCGGCGAAGACGCACGAGAACAGUCUUUGCAGGCCGAGGCUACAGAGGUGAGUCCCACGUCUCCAGAUAUCCCCGAUGAUGUCGAACAAGAGAACUCUCCGCUGACAUCGAAAAACGCUCGACGGAUCGAAGAUGACCUUGCGACGCCCGAAAAGAAGAAGAAGUUGAAUAACAUCAUUCUUAAGGCAGGAAAAACGUUUCGAAUUAAUAAUUACACCGAAGAGGAGGAAGCUAGCGAGACGUGA